AUGGGGCACAUCCCUCCCACCGCCGGCUUCAUCUCCCUGACCCCGGGCGAGCCCGCCGAGCGCAGCCGCCUCUGCUGCAACCUGGGCCGGGAGCUUUACUUCUACUCGGGCUGCGGGCCGGGCCCCGGCGGCCGCGCCAGCAGGCGGUCCCUGGAUCUGAACAAGCCCAUCGACAAGCGUAUCUACAAAGGCACACAGCCCACCUGCCAUGACUUCAACCAGUUCACGGCCGCCGCUGACAGCAUUUCGCUGCUGGUGGGCUUUUCCGCCGGCCAGGUCCAGUACCUGGAUCUCAUCAAGAAGGACACCAGCAAGUUGUUCAAUGAGGAGCGGCUCAUCGACAAGACGAAGGUGACCUACCUGAAGUGGAUCCCGGAGACGGAGAGCCUCUUCCUGGCCUCCCAUGCCAGUGGGCACCUGUACCUGUACAAUGUGGAGCACCCGUGUGGCUCUGCCUUGCCCCAGUAUACUCUCCUCAAGCAGGGCGAGGGCUUUGCCGUCUACACCUGCAAGAGCAAAAGCGCCCGCAACCCGCUGGUGAAGUGGGCGGUGGGCGAGGGGGCCCUCAACGAGUUCGCCUUCUCACCCGACGGCCGCUACCUGGCCUGCGUCAGCCAGGACGGCUGCCUCCGCGUCUUCCACUUCGACUCCAUGCUGCUGCAGGGUAUGAUGAAGAGCUACUUCGGGGGGCUGCUGUGCGUCUGCUGGAGCCCCGACGGGCGCUACGUUGUCACCGGCGGCGAGGACGACCUGGUGACCGUCUGGUCCUUCGCCGAGGGCCGGGUCAUCGCCAGGGGGCACGGGCACAAGUCCUGGGUCAACGCGGUGGCCUUCGACCCCUAUACCAGCAGCGUGGAGGAGGAGGAGCCGCCGGAGCUGAGCGGCAGCGAUGAGGAGCCCCAGGAGCCGGCCCACUUUGACCGGGUGCGAACUAGCAGCACCCUGUCCCGCCUCUCCAAGCACAGCACCAAGAGCUCCCCCUCGGUGACCUACCGCUUCGGCUCGGCCGGGCAGGACACUCAGUUCUGCCUGUGGGACCUGACGGAGGACGUGCUGUACCCCCACCACCCGCUCUCCCGGGCCCGGACUCUCACCAACACCUUCAGCACCGGCAUCCCCUCCUCGGUGAGCGGUGGGAGCAACCUGGCUGGGGAGCCGGGGGGCAGCAGCGGUGGGUCCAUCCUGCCCCGCUCGCUCUCGCGCUCCAACAGCCUGCCCCACCCGGCCGUCACCGGCACCGCCAAGAGCCACGCAACGGACAGCACCGUGCCCUUCAGCAUCGGCAAGUUCGCCACGCUCACCCUGCAGGAGCGCCGGGACAAGAGUGCAGAGAAGGAGCACAAGCGCUACCACAGCCUGGGCAACAUCAGCAAGAGCAACGACAAGCUCAACGGGGAGCCCCGGAGCAAGCUGGACACGGCCAAAGUCCUGGGCACAGCCCUCUGCCCCCGCAUCAAUGAGGUGCCCCUGCUGGAGCCCCUGGUCUGCAAGAAGAUCGCCCACGAGCGGCUGACGGUGCUGCUCUUCCUGGAGGACUGCAUCAUCACCGCCUGCCAAGAGGGGCUCAUCUGCACCUGGGCCAGGCCUGGGAAAGCCAACCUCACCUCUCAGAACGGCAGCUCGCCCAGCGGCACUGUGGUAUAACCCUGGGAGUGCCCGCCUCUCACUCGAUGCCAGCCUGGCCACCUGGCACUGCCCAGACUCCAGGCCCUCGUUAUUUAACGCUAAUUGACGCUGCGUGGCCAGACGCUUCCCGUGGUGGUGAGCCGCUAACAGAGGUUUAAUAUAUAGAUCCCUGUCUACAGAGCACAGGUCCCUCCGCCAGCCCGGGCCACCCCCUCCCUUAACGUAUUAAUGGCCCCCUGUUUAAAGCGUUAUGGAACUUCAGCUCUGGAGUGAUGGGAGCAGAGCCGGUCUCCCCAGAGCCCUCACUUUGCACAACAGCCUGGAGUGCAGGAGCUGCGAGCGGCCCGGGGUGGGGGCGCUUUCUGCUGCCUCGGUUUCCUCAAAACACUCUGGAGUGGCCAGAAGGGCCUCUACAGGCCGGCACUACCUGCACUUCCUCUGCCAAGGGACGCCUACCCUGGAGCUUACACAGUCUUGGAGACCUGGCAUCCUGCCCCUACGUGGUCACAAGCUACCGCCGGCGUCCCUGGCACCACCUGCUGCUGUCCCAGAUCCCUUGCGGGCAGGCUGGGCUUUGUCCUGAGCCAGCGCUCGCUCUGGUGGCCCAGCUGAGGGGGAGCCUGCCUGCCUGCCUGUCUGUCCGUCCAUCCAUCCGUCCUCACCCUGCAAGGCCUCUGCGCCCACUACUGCUACUGAUCCCCAGACCCAGAGGCAGCAGGGCUGAGUGGAAAGGUGCCCAGAGGGCAGCCAGUUGGCAAAUCUCUCCUCCUCUCCUGCAUGUGAACAACCCCCAAAGAGCUGGAGAAACUCCCAGGCUGCUGUGCCAACACCCUGCGUUGUACCCGUUCUGGGCAUCUGCCCUGUGCCUGGGCAGAGAGGGGAGCCGUCGUCGGCAGUACCCGGCCUCCCCAUGGAGAAGGGCGCUGCCACGCACCUUGGCUCUCGCUAGGCUCCCUGGAGCUGUGGGCGCUCACGGCGCUGCCUGGCUGCCAGCCCCUUCUUCCUGCAGCUGGCCACAGUGCCGACCCUCUCGACUCUAAAGCCUUGGCCGUGAGCUCCAGCGGUGGGUGCCCGUGUGUUGUACUGAGAUCCUCUCCCUGAGAAUGGCCCCCCUGGGCUCACGUGGGGGGGAGGGACUUGGCCCCAGCUGCCUGAGCAACAGCCGCGGCCCCCACCGCUGUGGGAAGGCUGGCAGGAGGUGCACCUUUCGCUGGGCUGGGCCUGGGGAACUCCUCACCACUGGAGCAGGUGCCCCCCCCGGCCCCCCCUCCCCCCCGGGAGCUGACCCAAACACCCUGUGAAUUCCUGUGGCUUGGCUUGGCCUCGCCCCUGCUCGUCGUACACCCAGUGUGGGCCCUGGGAGAGCCCGGUCAGCGCAAAGAACAGUAUUAGCCUUGGUGUCCCCCCCCAUGGCCACUCACCUGUGCCCUCUAGCCCCCUCCCCCACAGGCAGCCCUCUGAGGCUCUGCAGGCACCCUGGGGCCCUACUACUGCUGGCCUUGGGGGCACCUGCCCACUGGACUCCCCCAGGUGGGGGGCAGGGGCCAUAGGGAGUGGGGACCCCUCUGCCGUCUGUUCCCCUUGUGGCUGAAUGUCUAAGUUAUGGAGCUGCGGUUCUGCAAGUUCUUAUUUAUACUAAAGAAACGAUUUUCACA